AGAAAAGUGGGCAUAACGUUGCGCGCGGGACGCUCGUUAGCAGCCAAUGACUGUGGAGUAAAGGGAGCUUUUUCACAAGAAAUAUGCGCAAAAUGGACGAGUUUUCGUCCGCUUCGAUCUUCUUUUCUCAUUGAACAUUUAUUCUCCAAACAACCGUUAAUACCAACCGUCAAACGAUUUGAUUCAACAAGUAUUUGAGUUUUUCAGUGAAGUAUUCAGAAAAUAUCUUAAUUAUACGAUGGAAAACAAAUUAAAUACCAAAAUGUCAUUAACAUCAUCAGUGAGGAAAAACAAACAAGGCCAGGUGAUUCACAGCAGUGACAAGCUCUUAAUUAUCAGUUUGUACAAAAAAAUAAUAAAAGAGAAUCAAAAAAUUUUUGAGAAAGAUGCUGUUACUCAAUUGAAAGAACAGACAGGUUUUGGCAUGUACAGUAUAAGAAAAAUAUUGUCGGAAUAUAAGCGUACAGGUAGAGUUAAAUCUCCAAAUACAACGAAACAUCGUCUAUCUUUUAAAGAAAAAAUCGACGAAUAUGACAAAAAUGUCAUUCGAAGAAAAGUCCAUGAAUUUUAUUUUAAUAACGAUUUACCAACGUUAAAUAAGGUUCUGCAAGCUGUAAACGCCGAUGAAAAUCUGCCAAAUUUUAAACGAACAACUUUCUACUCAUUGUUAAAGGAACUAAAUUUUACUUAUAUUAACCGCAUCCUAACAGAAAAAGAUGAUCUUAUUGUUUGGAGGAGAAACUAUCUGAGAUCUAUCAAGAGAUAUAGAGAAGAAGGUCGACAAAUUUAUUACUUAGAUGAGACUUGGAUUAACGCCGGUGACGUCACUAAUAAAGUGUCGAUGAAUAAAACAGUAAAAUCCAAAAAGAACGCAUGUCUCCAUAGGCUGACUACGGAGCCAGUUAAUCCAGGUGGAAAAGACAAAGGAUUAAUUGUUCUGCAUAUUGGCAGUGCUAUUGGUUUUGUUCCUGGUGGACUUCUAUGUUUCGAAUCGAAGAAACAUACAGGAGAUUACCACGAUGAAAUAAAUGACGACACAUUUCUGGAAUGGUUCCAAAAUAUUUUACCAUUGCUAGAAGACAAUGCUGUUAUUGUCAUGGACAACGCUCCAUAUCAUUCUAUGAAAAAGGAAAAAAUGCCAAAUCAUUCCUGGACUAAGGCCGAAAUAAUACAAUGGUUGGAAAGUAAAGGAAGAGAGGUAUCGGAGAAUAUGGUAAAAGCUGAACUAUUGCAAAUUGUUGCACAAAACAAACACAAGUUUGAUAAAUAUGUCAUAGAUGAAAUAGCAAAAUUGAAUAAAAAGAAGGUUCUCAGAUUACCUCCAUACCAUUGUGAACUUAAUCCAAUUGAAUUGAUAUGGUCAAUGGUUAAGAGAUACGUCAAGAGUAACAACACUACUUAUAAACUACAAGAUGUAAGACUAUUAGUUGAGCAAGGUAUUGAUCAAGUAACAGCUGAACAAUGGAAUAAGUGUAUUAGGCACGUCAAGGAUGAGGAGAAAAAGAUGUGGAAGAUCGACGAUAUAACUGAUACAUUGGUUGAUAUAUCUCCAGUAGUUUCAUCUUCAGCAGUACCUGUUUUCAUAGAUAAAAUAGAUUCUGAGAUCUUUGAUAGCGAUUUUUAAUAUUAUGUCGAGGAGGCCUUUUACAGUUUUUACUGGAGUGUGAAUUUACUCACUUUUCACAUUUAUCAAUGCACGAGACUUCGAUCUCUACAUUAUAGAAUUGUUGAGUAAAAAUGUGAGAUAACUAGUCGAUGAUCUUGUAUUUUUCACGAAGCGGCGCUGAUAGUACCACAAUUAAAAAAGUAAGAUUAAUUUUUUAAUUAUUUGAAAACUACUAAGAAUAAAGAAAACAUUAAAAAGAAAAAGAAUUUUCUUCAAUUACAUGAAAUAUAACAAAGAUUUUGCAAAAGACCACUUAUGAUACAACACUGGCAAUAAGAAAAUUUAAUUACAAGACAAGGCCUUAUAGGAUAAGAGCAUUUAAGCACAAGGUUCCAAAUUAUGAAUCUUAUGAAUUUAUCGUUCUUGUGG